CAAAAUUAGGCUAGUGAAAAAAAAUGGCAGCACCAUCAUCAGCACCCGCAUCAUCAACAUCGUUGGUUGUCAUCCCUGUGUCGUUGUAUGUAGGGGAUUUGCAUCCAGACAUCAAUGACAUACAUUUGAACAAUGCGUUCUCAGAGUAUAAUAGCCUUUCGUCUGUAAGGGUUUGUCGGGACACAUCAACCGGGAGGUCUCUUUGUUAUGGUUAUGUCAACUUUCUAUCUCCAGAAGAUGCCACACGUGCUAUCGAAGAUAAAAACCAUACCAUGUUAUGUGGGAAAAUGAUAAGGGUUACAAGGGCAAAUCGCGAUCCUGAUGUAAGAAAAAGUGGAGUUGGAAAUGUGUUUGUAAAGAAUUUGAAUGAGUCUAUGGAUAAUAUUCAACUUCAAGAAUUGUUUCAGAAAUUUGGGAUUAUAUUGUCAUGUAAAGUUUCCACAUCUGAGGAUGGCAAAAGCAAAGGAUAUGGUUUUGUUCAGUUUGAGUUGGAGGAAUCUUCAAAUGCUGCUAUUGAGAAUCUUAAUGGCACCAAUGUUGGAGGCAAACAAAUAUACGUGGCGAAGUUCAUGAAAAAGAGUGAUAGACUGUUACCCAAUUCUGAUGCCAAGUACACAAAUUUGUAUAUCAAAAAUCUAGACUUAGAUAUGACAGAAGAUGUUCUUAAGGAAAAGUUCUCUGUUUUUGGGAACAUUGGUAGUGUAGUUAUAGUGAGGGACAAUAACGGGGCUUCCAGGGGCUUUGGCUUUGUAAAUUUUGAGAACCCAGAUGAUGCUAAGAAGGCGACAGAAAUCAUGAAUGGGUUGAAUCUUGGUGAAAAGGUCUUAUAUGUUGGCAGGGCACAAAAGAAAUCUGAGCGAGAACAAAUGUUGCGUCGUCAGUUUGAGGAGUGGAGGAACGAACAAAUAUCAAAAUGUCAGGGUUCAAAUGUAUAUGUUAAGAAUAUUGAGGACAAUGUCACUGAAGGUGAACUAAAAGAACGUUUUAGUCAGUUUGGCAUGAUCACCUCUGCGAAAUUGAUGGUUAAUGAGAAAGGGAUUAGUAAAGGGUUCGGAUUUGUAUGCUUUUCUACACCAGAGGAAGCAAGUAAGGCUGUCAACACCUAUCAUGGAUGCAUGUUCCAUGGAAAGCCUUUAUAUGUAGCCAUUGCUCAAAGGAAAGAAGAGAGAGUAGCACAAUUACAGAUUCAACAUGCCCAACGUAUGGCGGGAAUGGCAGGCCCAUCCGCUAUUAUUUCUGGUGGAUAUCCUCCUGUUUACUAUCCAUCCUCUCCUGGUAUUUUCUCACAAGUACCUUCAGGACCAGGGCUCAUGUAUCAACCUAUGGGCUUAAGGACAGGAUGGGGGCCUAUUAGCUUUGCACCUCCAACAAGGCCAGCUGACACAGUUUCCUAUUCUUCAAUGUUUAAUGCUCCGAGACUUCAAAGACAAAAUAGGGGAAGAAUCAAUCCAUCAAAACUACCAUCUGCUUCAAAUUCUGGUGGACGCAGUGGUGAUGGAUCUGAUAUGUUAAGUAGUAUGCUAGCUGCUGCUUCACCUGAAAUUCAGAAGCAAAUUCUAGGGGAACGUCUCUACCCCCUUGUCAACCAACAUGAGCCCAAUCUUGCUGCAAAGAUAACCGGAAUGCUGUUGGAGAUGGACAAAAUGGAGCUGAUUUUGUUGUUGCAAUCACCAGCAUCUUUAGCUGCCAAAGUGGAAGAAGCUGUGCAGGUGUUGAAGAAAUCCAAUCAGACGAAAGUAACAAGCCACGAGAGCCUUCAGCCUAACUUGUUAUCUGCCCAAGUUGCAGUCAACUAAGAGAUGCAUACAGCCAGUGCUUGCUUUCGUAAUGGCCUGGCUUAGUGUUUGCUAAUAUACCUUUUGGCGAAAUUGAUCUAAUAUAUUUUGGUACUUAGACAUUGUUUUAUUCAUCAAAACUUGAUUUUGAGUUUGGAUUAUGGGCUAUAAACAUUCCAUCGAAACCUAAGUAGUAUAUUGUACGUAGAUGAAUGGAUUAAAGAUCUUAAUUAUGCUUCGUGUUUUUGUUGUAAUUUUUCACUUUUUGAAGAAUCUGCCGUCGUGCAAGCAUCUAUGACAUUAUUUUU